AUGGCCAGAGAACACUGGGACAUGGCCAGAGAACGCUGGGACAUGAUACUACUUCUGUCGGCACUGUUACUCUGGGUCUCCAGCACGGCCAACCCUGGACCACUCUUUUUAAGAGGCAGAUAUGGCACAAGAGGUGGAUAUGGAAAGGGCCACGGUGGUGGAUAUGGCAAAGGCCAUGGUGGUGGCUAUGGCAAGGGACAUAGUGGUGGAUAUGGAAUGGGCCACGGUGGUGGAUAUGGCAAAGGCCAUGAUGGUGGCUAUGGAAAGGGACAUGGUGGUGGAUAUGGAAUGGGCUACGGUGGUGGAUAUGGCAAAGCCCAUGGUGGUGGCUAUGGAAAGGGACAUGGUGGUGGAUAUGGUGGAGGUGGCCAUAGUGGUGGAUAUGGCGGAGGUGGCCAUAGUGGUGGAUAUGGCGGAGGUGGCCAUAGUGGUGGAUAUGGCGGAGGUGGCCAUAGUGGUGGAUAUGGCGGAGGUGGCCAUAGUGGUGGAUAUGGCGGAAGUGGCCAUAGUGGUGGAUAUGGCGGAGGUGGCCACAGUGGUGGAUAUGGCGGCGGUGCCCAUAGUGGUGGAUAUGGCGGAGGUGGUCAUAGUGGUGGAUAUGGUAGUGGUGGCCAUGGGGGUGUAUAUGGUGGAAGUGGCCAUGGGAGUGGAUAUGGUGGAGGGGGCAAUGCAGGUGGAUAUGGCACUAGUGGAUAUGGAGGAGGUGGCUAUGGGGGUGGAUAUGGUAAUAGUGGAUAUGGUGGAGGUAGCCAUGGUGGUGGAUAUGGUGGGGGCCACGGGAAUGGGUAUGGUAAUAGUGAAUAUGGUGGAAGUGGCCAUGGAAAAGGUAGCCAUGGAGGUGGAUAUGGAAGUAGUGUUUCGGGGGGAAGUGGAUAUAGUAGCAGCGGUGUAUAUGAUAGUGAUGGAUAUGGAGGCGGAAGUAAUGAGGAGGAAUAUGGUGAUGAUGAAUAUGAAGGUGGAUAUGGAAGUGGUAGUUCUGUGGGAGGCGGAAAUAAUGGCAAUAUUUAUAGCAGUAGUGGAUAUGGUGGAGGGAGCCAUGGGGGUGGAUAUGGCAGCAGUGGAUACGGCAAUAGUGGAUAUGGUAGCAGUGGAUAUGACGCAGUAUAUGGUGAAGUUGGGUAUGGCGAAAGUGAUUAUAAGAGUGGUGGUCAUGGAACUGAGUAUGGCAAUGACAAUGGAUAUGGCAAAGGAGGUGGAUAUGGCAAAGGAAAUGGAUAUGACAAAGGAUAUGGAUAUGGCAAAGGAGGUGGAUAUGGCAAAGGUGUAUAUGGUAAAGGAGGUGGAUAUGGCAAAGGAGGUGGAAAUGGCAAAGGAGAUGAUUAUAGCAAAGGAGAUGGAUAUGGCAAUGGAGGUGGAUAUGGCAUAGGAGAUAAUAAUGGCAAAGGAGAUGAAUAUGGCAAAGGAGAUGUAUAUGGCAAAGGAGAGGGUUAUGGUAAAGGAGAUGGAUAUGGCAAAGGAGAUGGAUAUGGCAAAGGAAGUGGAUAUGGCGAAGAUGAUUAUGGUAAUGGAGAUGGGUAUGGCAAAGGAAAUGGAUACAGCAAAGGUGAUGUAUAUGGCAAAGGUGAUGCAUAUGGCAAAGGAGAUGAAUAUGGCAAAGAAGAUGGAUAUGACAAAGGUGAAGGAUAUGGCAGUAACGGUGGAUAUAGCUAUGGAUACAGAAAAGAAAAUGUAUAUGGAAAAAGUGAUGGAUAUAGUUACUAUGAUGAAUCCAUUAAUGCUGAUGAAUAUGACAAGACUAAUGGACACGUCAAUGCUGAUGUCAAGUCCGAUGGAUAUAGUAAUGUUGAUCAGCAUAUCAAGGCUGAUGGAUAUAUCAAUGCUGAUCCGCAUAUCAAGAUUGAUGGAUAUGGGAAUGCUGAUCAGCAUAUCAAGGCCGAUGGAUAUGGCAAUACUGAUCAGCAUAUCAAGGCUGAUGGAUAUGGCAACGCUGAUCAUCAUAUCAAAGCCGAUGAAUAUAUCAACGCCGAUCAGCAUGUCAAGGCCGAUGCCGAUCAACAUAUCAAGCAUAACGAGAACAUCAAAGACAAUUGA